AUGGUGGAUGAGCUGGUGGUGGAAUGCGUUUACUCUGGGGAGGGGUGCGGGUAUACGUGCGAGCGGCAGCGGAUGGUGGGGCAUUUGAAGGAGGAGUGCGAGUAUGCGGAGGUGGAGUGUGCGCUUGCGGGGUGCGGAGAGGUGAUGCGGCGGCGGGAUGUACUGGAGCAUGUGGAAAAGAUGCACAAGAGCGUCGAGGAAGAGGAUGGGCAAGACGUCGAGGACAACGAGGAGAAUGCAAGGAGCAGAGAAGAUAAAGGAAAGGGGAAAGAGGAGGAGCGGUGCCCGCAUGGAGAGAUGGGGUGUGCAUUCAAGGGCGAGGGCGUAGAGGCACACCUUGAGACGUGUGUGUAUGAGCAGCUAAAGGGAUUUUUGAGUGCAAACACGGCACGGGUGGCGGCGCUGACGGAACAGAACGUGAUGCUGCGGCACCGGGUAGAGAUGCUGGAGGGGACAGUGGAAAGGACGCGGCGGGAGGUGAGUGGGGUGAAGAAUGUGGUGGGUGGGUUGAGUGGAGGGACGCUGGAGGGAACACUGGAGGGGCUGCGGGAAGAGGUGCUGGGGCUGGGAGUGUUGGUGGAGGAGGUGCGGCGGCGGAACGAGAUGGCGCUGACGAACGAGACGCUGCGGCUGAGUGAGGAGAUGAUGUCAAUACGGGGGCAAAUGCACGGACUGCGUAUGCAGAUGCACGGGAUGAUGAUGGAGAGAGACGCGUACACACGGCCGAUGACAGGAUCAAUUACAAAGUUGUAG